CCCCAUUGCAAAACUAUGCUACGUGUCUGUAGUAGCAUGUACGUUAGAAUAAUUAUGGCCGAGUGCAUUCUAUGUAUGAACAUAUAUCCAUGCGUACUGUAACCGAUGACUUAGGAAGUUGAACUAAGUUUGAAACUCAUUUUAACUAUACCGGAAAUUUGUAGUUCACCACUGCAUACUCUAUCAUUACCGUCCAAUAUUUGCUUCCUCUUUUGUGUGUUCUUGAAAACGACACCUUUCAAAAAUGGAAUCUAGUAGUUUGAUCAACUUAGCAUUCGUUUUGAAAGUAAUAAUAUGUGUUACAACAACGAGCAAAGUUAACAUUGACAAGGAUAUUCAGACGUCAUUCCAAUAUUUACGAAAUUAUACCGUGAUUUCCUCUCCAUAUAUCAGACACGCAAGUCAUUUAAUGACAACAAACUUUUCCGCCUUUAGCAAAACCAUAUAUCUCACUUUGACAAAAGACAACUCGAUGGAUUUGUCAUCAAGUCAUUUAACAGUUAAUGGAAAUGUGUUACCGAAAGUGCAGACCGACAGAAUCAUGAGGGAGGCGCUCCUACUGAAAGGUUACGACUCCAGUUUUCCGUACUCUUCAUUUGCCUAUGGAAAACUUUACCAGAAUACUUAUGACGGAUACAUUUCCUAUGAAAACGAAAUAUAUUUUGUAGAACCACUGGCCAAAUACCUGCCGGCAGUAGACAAAUCAAUCGUGUAUAGGAAAUCAGAUUUCGUGGAAAAUUAUCGACUAUCUAUUAUUGAUUUCCUUGACGCUAAAUAUGCUGUGGGAGAAUCUUCUCAACACAUGGAAAGCAUGGAAUCAGAAUACCAUGGAAAGAGUUCACCUUAUAAAUCCAAGCGCUCUUCAGAUCCAGUUGCAAGGUCAUGUUCUUUGCAUGUUGUUGCGGAUCCUAGGUUUUAUAAUGUUAUCGGUGGGUCCUCUUUGUCGAAAACCAUUACCGAGAUGAGAUACCAGGUAGGGCAAGCGGACAUGAUUUUUCGGAGCACCGACUUUGAUGGGAACGGGUAUGGUGACAACAUAGGGUUUGAAAUAUCCAACAUCACGGUAUUCACUGAUCCAACCUACAGCGGCUACUACAUGGUUGAUAACGAUUUAAGUGUUCAGAACUACCUAACAUUAUUUUCACAAUAUGAUUUUGGCCAGUAUUGUUUGGGAGUAGCUUUCACAUACCGAGAUUUUUAUAAGGGCGUUGUGGGACUGGCGUGGAUUGCUAGUUCGAGUAUAUAUGGACCGCCUGGUGGAAUUUGUCAGAAGCAAAUAAAAUCUAGCGGCAAAUGGUACAGCUACAACACCGCUCUUGUCACUAUGGUCAACUAUGGAGAACGCCUAACAAGCUAUAAAUCUUCAAUAGUACUGACACAUGAAUUUGGUCAUAAUUUUGGAAGUAUACAUGACCCAAAAAGUGAUUCUUCUUGUGUGUCAAGCAUUUACGGCAAUUACAUCAUGUAUCCCUACGCUAGCAGCGGUGCACGACCAAAUGAAAAUAGGUUUUCACAAUGCAGUAUUAAUACCAUGUAUCCAGUUAUUAUUAACAAAGGGUCGUGUUUCGCGGAUAGAAGUGUGCCAUCAUGCGGUAAUGGCAUUAUGGAGCCAGGUGAAGAAUGUGAUUGUGGUUCGUCUUUCACAUGUGCUUACACCGAUAACUGUUGUACCCCAUCUGACGUCACAAACUCCUCGGACGCGCCAUGUACUCUCAGGAGAUCGCAAGGCAGUGUGUGUUCACCCAAAACCGGCAUCUGUUGUGAAAAGAGUUGCACUCUCACACCGGUAUAUGCUAAUAGGAUAUGUGGGUUCUCUUACGAGUGUCAAGAAAGUAUGAUCUGCGAUGGACAUAGUUCCAACUGUCCACUUCCAAUCCCUAAACCGGACACCACAUUGUGCGACUCCGAGAGAAAAUUGUGUCAAAAUGGGACAUGCGUGAAGAGUAUUUGCGAGAAAUACAAUCUUGUAGAAUGUCAAUGUACAUAUGUUUAUGAAGAUACCUGUAAACUUUGUUGCAGAUUCCCUAAUACAACUAACUGCAUAACAGCCAACAACUUUGGGAUUCUGUCAUCUACGGGAGGUAUCAUUAGGUUGGCGUCCGGGGCACCUUGUAAUGACUUUGAAGGAAUUUGUGACGCACAUUACACCUGUAUAUCAGGAGACACCAGUGAUAUCAUUGAAAGGUUAAAGAAAGUGUUCACCCCCUACGCUGGACAAAUAAUUAGCUCGUGGUUGAAGAACAAUUGGUACUAUAUUUUCUUUGGCUUGCUGACUUUGAUUUUGCUGAUUAUUUUGUUCCUUGGCUGUAGAGGGCAGAAUGAAGACGUUCAGGGUCGUGCAUAUCGUCAAGGGAGAUUUGAGCAGGUGAUGGCACAAGCAAGGAUAGAGAGAGAACGACAAGAGAGAAAAAUGUCCCUCUUGGCGGCUAUGUAUGACAAGAAGAUUCGGAAAGUGCAUAACGGCCACGAACAGUUCGAGUACACAUUCGCUCUGGUUCGGCUCUCCGUCUUCUUUCCGACAGUUACGAAAGAGGUAAUCCAGGACACGUUGUCUAGCAGUACCAGUGAGGAAGUGGCUGUGCGUGGCCUCUUAAUACGUGGCUAUCCAAUGCGGAGAAUGAUCUACACUAAUGACAUUAACUAAUUACUUACUACGUGGUUAUCCAGUGCGGAGAAUGAUCUACGUUAAUGACAUUAACUAAAUACUUAAUACGUGGCUAUCCAAAUCGGAAAAUGGUCUAUGUUAAUGGCAUUAACUGAUUACUUAAUACGUAGUUAUCCAAUGCGAAGAAUGGUCUAUGUUAAUGACAUUGACUAAUUACUUGAUACGUGGUUAUCCAAUGCGAAGAAUGAUCUUCGUUAAUGACAUUAACUAAUAGUGUGCGUUUGUUUUCUUUAAAAUAAUCGUUUGAUAUAUGAUUGAGUUUAUCAUGACAAUGCAAUUAAAAAUAAAAUAUUUUAAAAGCAG